CAACAGCUGUCAAACGGAAUGAAAGUGCAGCUGCUGUUUUUGUGCUUGCUCUUUGCUCGAACGGACUCAAUGCGGCAUUAAUUUCUGUGCGUAAAGUUAAUCAAAUAUUUCAACUACGAGCCAAAGAUCAAAAGGUCCCGGAAUUCAUCCGCAGAGGCACCAGCAAAAAUGUCCUUCAACUUUUCGGCAUUCAGCUACAUAGUGGCCCUGAUAAUCGAUGCAUUUCUGAUCUUUUUCUCAAUCUUUCAUGUGAUCGCCUUCGACGAGCUGAAGACGGAUUACAAAAACCCGAUAGACCAGUGUAACUCCCUGAACCCGUUGGUCCUGCCGGAAUAUGCGCUUCAUUUGCUGUUUAAUCUUUUGUUCCUGUUUGCCGGAGAAUGGUUCUCGUUGGCCAUCAACAUCCCGUUGAUCGCCUACCACAUAUGGAGAUACAAGAAUCGCCCGGUCAUGUCCGGACCAGGUCUGUACGACCCAACCAGCAUCAUGAAUGCCGAUGUCCUGGCCAAGUGCCAACGGGAAGGCUGGAUCAAACUGGCCGUUUAUCUGCUGUCGUUCUUCUACUAUUUGUAUGGCAUGAUCUACUCACUUAUAUCGACGUAAGUCUAUUUUAAAUACAUUACCGAACUGUAACUCAAAUCGAGAAAGUCAAUCGAAAGGACCCACUGAAGGGACAAGUUUGGAGAAAGGGGAGCUAGUGCGACGAGCAAUGUGAAAAUUUUGGUGGCUUUAAUAUCAUAUUGAAGACUUGAUCAUCCCACACUGGGGAUUAUCAUUAAUCAUUUCCAUCCUAGGUUUGGACUUGUAAGAAAUUUUUUGUUUAAUUUUCAUAUUUUUUUUUUCGUUUGUCCGCCUUCGUCGUAUUUGUUCAGUUAUGUAUCCAGUUGAUUGACUACCAAAUGUCCAACUAUCGAUUUUCCUUUGUGUAAAAUUGUAUUUAUUGAAGAGGAAAACUAUUGAGUCAAGACCAUAACCAUACAAUCGUUUUGCGUUUCACCAUCACCAUUUAAUAUCAGGUAUAAGUAAUAGUCCCUAAUUCGAAUAGAUUACAUUGAACGAGUAUUUGUGGAAUAAAAUGAUUUGUACUGUCAAA